AUGCGAGCCGGCAACAAGAGGCUUCUUCAGAGCGCCCAUAGGGAACAGUGUGAACAACGGGUGGAAGGCCUCGACGAAGCGACAGGAGAUGUCGAGGCUGAGUACAUGCAGCGCCUUCACCGAACAAGACAGGCCGCAGAGACUGCGGAGUGCUGCGCUUCUCUCAACGACGAACCGGACAUCCGAGUUUUCUUCCUCAUGUCUCCUCAAAACUUCAUGAGAGUCGAACUCACCAUAGAGGCCCGAGUCGUCCGAAUUGAACUUCCGUUCAAGGAUAUGAUGAAUGGAGUGUAUUUUUUUCGAGGAGAAAAUCCAGAAGAUGUUCGCAUGCUUGUUCGCUUUCGGAGUGCACCUCGGGUCUACGUGGAAGCUCGGUCUCUUCGCGCUGCUUCUCGUCGGAACAUUCAGCAUUUUCAGCAGUUUUCUCGGUGGUUUGUUUCAAGGAUUAGACGCCGCGAGUCUGGUCGUUCCUCUCAGCUUGAUCCUGGCGGCUUGUCAGCUGCCGCUUUGCCGGCGUUGGCAGAACUUGAAGGACUCGAAAGGCGAGUUUCCACUGAAAAACUUCCUGAAGCAAAGAAAAUCUACAGAAAGCAGACGUGGAUCCACUGCUUUGAGUUCGGAGAGAAUCAGUCGAGCGCGCUUCCGGAGUUGAAAAACGCAGAAGCGUGCACUGCUUUCAGAAGCGUUCGAUUGCCCAGGCUCCUCGCCUGUAACAUAUUUUUCGGUUCCGACAAACAACGGUUUCGAUCGCAGUUGCAAGGUUCUUCCUCUCUGUCAAGUCAAGUACUUCCACUCUUUCCUUCCUGA